UAAUCAUUUUUUGAUCAUUUAAAAUUUUAUUUCGUAAUCGUUCUUAUUUUGGUUUUGAAAACAAAACGUGUUUUGAAAAUCUGGCAAUUUUCCAAUAUGUCAAUCUGUUCGCGCCACUUUCGUCAAAAAUAAAUACAUUAGAUUUAUAUAAGCACCGGUCAAUAAGGCGAUUAUGCCAUACGCCAUUCAUAAUUCAAUUAGACACCAAAAACCUUACAAGUGCUUCCGUUUUUUUUCUAUAUAAAUCAGAUCAACACCGAGGUUAAUUCAAAGUUGCUACAACUUCCUUAUAGUAACUACAAAGUGCACUUUUUAUAUUUCCAAAAUGGUUGUGGCAGUUAAAGUCUUCAAAAAAAUCAGCCCAAAUGGCAAAUUAACCGUUUAUUUAAGCAAACGCGAUUUUAUCGAUUACACCACCCACACCGAUCCAAUAGAUGGGGUUGUGGUUGUUGAAGAUGAAUAUUUAAAGAAAAGAAAAGUUUUUGGGCAAGUAAUUACAACAUACAGGUAUGGUCGCGAAGAAGAUGAAGUCAUGGGAGUCAAAUUCAGCAAAGAAAUGGUGAUUGCUUGCGAACAAAUAUUCCCAACUAACAACGAGAAAAAAGCUGUAACUACAGUUCAAGAAAAACUUUUGAAAAAAAUGGGUGCAAACGCUGCCCCUUUCACCUUUACUUUCCCCGAUACGUCACCUACAUCAGUAACCCUUCAAACAGGGGAAGACGAUCACGGAAAACCACUUGGAGUCGAGUACCACGUAAAAAUAUUUGUCGGCGAUAACCAAGAAGAUCGCGGCCACAAAAGAAGUACCGUAAGUUUGGCCAUAAAAAAAUUACAAUUUGCUCCGACCAGCCGAGGUAAGCGGCUUCCCAGCUCUUUGGUUUCGAAAGGCUUCACUUUUUCAAGUGGAAAAAUUAACCUUGAAGUCACCUUGGAUAAAGAAAUUUAUUAUCAUGGUGAAAAAAUUGGGGCGAACGUCGUUGUUACAAACAACUCCAAGAAAGCGGUAAAAAACCUAAAACUUUACGUCGUUCAACAUUGCGAAAUCACCAUGAUUAACGCGCAGUACUCUAAAUACGUCGCUUCUUUGGAGACUCGCGAAGGUUGCCCCAUAACUCCAGGGGCAUCUUUCACUAAAACCAUGUUUUUGGUUCCUUUAGCUUCAAGCAAUAAGGAUCGACGUGGUAUCGCUUUGGACGGCCACCUAAAAGACGACGACGUCAAUUUGGCCAGUUCUACUUUAGUAGCUGAAGGAAAAUGUAAUGCUGACGCUAUUGGUAUAGUCGUUUCCUAUUCCGUAAGGGUUAAAGUUUGCUGUGGUAGCUUGGGUGGAGAGUUAGUUACCGAUGUUCCAUUAAAAUUACUUCAUCCCAUGCCCGGUUCCGUUGAAAAAGAAAAAUCUAACGCUUUGAAGAAGAUGAAGAGUAUUGAAAGGUCUAAAUACGAAAAUGAUUGCUAUACUAAUGAUGACGAUGAUAACAUUGUUUUUGAAGAUUUUGCUAGGUUACGUCUUAAUGAACCGGAAUAAAGAUGAAAUUAUGAAAAUUAUAUAUCUUUGAUGACGAUUUGGAGGCGAACUUGAAAAGAAUAUGUAAUAAAUGUAACCAAGUAUUAAUUAUUUUCUUGUAAAGUAUUAUUAUUAUUAAUGGUAAUAUUAUAUUCUUUAUUUAUUGUGAUUACUAAUAUGUACUCUGGAAUUAUUUAUUGAUAUGUACUAAUCCAUAAUAAAGAAUCCGAUCAUUCAAUACUAUUAGCAUCUUAUUAAUAACCAAAUAAUUUAUAUUCUUUGAAGAUUGGGUAAACAAUAAAAUAUUUACAAAUUGCAAA